CCGGUGGAAGAGGCUUCAAGCGAUGACGACAAUGAAUUCGGGCUCGUCAUCAAGAAGUUUCACAAGUUCAUGAAGAAGGAAUUUGAGCGGAAGGGAAGGAAGCACGACGGUCCUCCCAAGUGCUACGGCUGUGGCGAGAUUGGCCACAUCAAGCCAAGGUGUCCAAAGGCCAAACACGGCAAGGACAAGUCUGGCUUCAAGAAGCAAAGGGCCUACAUCUCUUGGGGUGGCGAUUCCGGCGACGAAUCAACCGACCAAGAGGAGGACGAAGCUGCAAAUCUCUGCCUCAUGGCACACGAAGAUCAAAGCAACGACGUCCAAGAGGCAUCAAGUGUACUUUGGUACCUUGAUAGAGGAUGCUCCAAGCACAUGACUGGGGAUGCAUCCAAGUUUCUCCAAAUCAAACCUGCUAAAGGAGGAAACGUAGUUUUUGGAGACAAUAGCAAGGGAAAAAUUAUCGGCAUUGGUUCAGUAGGUAAAUCUGAAAACUCCUCUAUAGAUAAUGUCUUGCUUGUUAAAGACAAGAGCAGGGCUGCUACCUCCGGGAAAUCGAAGUCUAAAUCCCGGGCACCGUCCACAACCUCCGAAGAACGCCUCUACUACGGCGAUGGGUCGUACCUCUGGUUCGAUUCCGAGGAGGAGCGCACCCGAUUUCUCACCUUUUUCUCUAAACGGGUUGUGGCUCCCCCACGGAUCAUCCCGGAGCGCUACCCGGAGUUGGAGGGCUACGACGACCUCGACGCGCAGCUUCAUCAAGCAGGCCUUUGGCCGUUCGUCUCCCGGGCACGCAAGGAGAUCAACCCGGCACUGAUCCGGGCCUUCUACUCCAACCUCCGGCGUGAGGACGACGUGCUCUACUCGCUCGUCAAGAGCACGCCGAUCGAGCUCACCGUGGAGCAGCUUGGGCGCAUCGCCGGCCUCCCCUUCCAAGGCGAUAAUGUGUCUCACUAUGGUGGAGAGGAUUGGGUGCUCAACAACGAGGGCCUUAUCCUCAACGAGCUUGGCAUCAUCGAGCUCAAACGCCAUGCCUCGGGCCGCCCAACCAUCCACUCCGCCAACCCCAAAGGCCGCCUCGUCCUCUACAUCGUCUCCCGGAUCAUCAAACCGAGGAAGCACGGCCACACCAUCAUGCACGGUGAAGACCUCAAGCUCAUCCAUGCGAUCAUGCAUUCGGCCCCAAUCAAUUGGGCAAAGUUUGUCAUGAUCAACAUGACGAUUGCCGCGUCCACCGACCACGAUCACCUUCUCCCGUACCCGUUUUUGGUGAUGGACAUCCUUGAACGGUUCAAGGCCCGAGCCAACCUUGCCUCCAUCGCCGACUCCCUCAACCGGCUCCACCUCAAGGUUGACGGGAUGGGGAGCUAUCUUGAACGGCUCGACGUGGCUGUUCAACGCCAAGGAUACGCGAUGAACUCGUACUUCCAAGGCAUCAACUACGUCCCCCCACCGUACCACGGCAUGUUCUUUGGGCAAGUGUACGGUGACAAAGACGAAGCCGAUGACUCCUACGCCCCGUCAAGCUCCCCGGAGGAAGACAAGUUCGACGAUGCCAUCGAUGGGGAUGAGAUGGACGUCGACGACGACGAGAAGGAAACCGAAGACGAAGACUAGGACUCCCCUAGAAUUUCUAUCUCUUUUACUUUAAUGCUUCCGUUGUACUCCGUUAUUUCCCUUUAUUAAAUAAAAUCAAUUUCAUUUA